GUAUCUGUGGGUGGCAUAUUGCCAAUUCAUCCUCACACUCAGCUGUGAGUGUGCGGUAAUGAGAUGAAGCUGGCGCGGAGGGAUACAGCGUAAAUGAGGCCAGAGCGCAGCGGUGGCGCAUUACUACACCUCAGUCUGGCUCACUCACUCACUCACAUACACACACAGGGACAGAUCCUGCGUUUACUCGUCAACGUUUAAAACACAAACAGCUUUCUGCUGCUGAUUUUACACACAUUUAUCUGACGGGCCUUUUUAAGGAUGGCAGAUCAGCUGACCGAGGAACAGAUCGCUGAGUUCAAGGAGGCGUUCUCACUCUUCGACAAAGAUGGCGAUGGCACCAUUACCACCAAAGAGCUGGGUACAGUGAUGCGCUCAUUGGGUCAGAACCCCACUGAGGCCGAGCUCCAGGAUAUGAUCAAUGAGGUAGAUGCUGAUGGCAACGGAACUAUAGACUUCCCGGAGUUCCUAACCAUGAUGGCACGGAAAAUGAAGGACACGGACAGUGAAGAGGAAAUCCGAGAAGCUUUCAGAGUCUUUGACAAGGAGGCGUUCUCACUCUUCGACAAAGAUGGCGAUGGCACCAUUACCACCAAAGAAUUGGGCACAGUGAUGCGCUCAUUGGGUCAGAACCCCACUGAGGCCGAGCUGCAGGACAUGAUCAACGAGGUAGACGCUGAUGGCAACGGAACUAUAGACUUCCCAGAGUUCCUAACCAUGAUGGCAAGGAAAAUGAAGGACACGGACAGUGAAGAGGAAAUCCGAGAAGCUUUCAGAGUCUUUGACAAGGGUCAGGUGAACCAAAACCAGCUGAAAUAUACAAGGCUUCCUUGAAAAUGACCAGUCAACUAGUCAUCCAGGCAACCCGCUGACUUUGAAACC